AUGUCUGCUAAUAAAGUUUUCCAUUUGAUCAGCGAUCUCAAGCCAUAUAAGGAUAAGUGGCGUGUUCAAGUGAAACUAAUUCACUCAUGGAUACAAAACCCACCUUAUGCUGAUGACAGCUUAGAAAUGGUUUUAGCUGAUAUCACUGUUAAUAAAAUUCAAUGCUCAUGCAAGAGAUCUUACAUCAAGCGUGUUCAACGUAGCCUUCCUCUUGGGAAAUGGAAGGUUAUUGAGAACAUGAAGAUUAGUGGAACCGGUGGCAAGUUCAAGCCAACCAAAUUGAGCUAUAAGAUGAAUAUCAUUAACGAUACUGUUUUCACAGACUCAAAUCAUAAUGAUGAUAGCAGCUUCUUGGCUCUAUCGAGUUUUGAAGAAAUUUUGGGUGGAAGUCUUGAUACUCACUGUCUAAUUGAAAUCUUAGGGCAAGCAACAGAGAUUGGUGGAGUUCAGAUCAUCCAAGUCCAAAAUGAGGAUCGAAAAAGGAUUCAGUUUCGCUUACGAGACAACAGUGGCCAUGAAUUGGCGUGUUGUUUGUGGGGAUCUUAUGCUGAAAGGAUUGAAGAACAUCUUGAAAAAGCAAAUGGUCAAGUUCAAAUAACAAAUGCAUUUGCUGCCUCUCUAUUGGAUCUGAAUCCAACAAUGCAUGAGGCUAUGGAGUUCAAAGAAAAGCUCAAAGAUGGAGUACUUCCUCUUGCUGUUGUUGACCCAAACGAUGCAAAACCAGCCAUUGAUGAUUGGGAUGAUGUAGGUAUCAUCAUGAUUUCGGAGUUACAUGAGACUACCCAGCUCGAGAAUGUUAAGAUCGUUUGUUCAAUUGAAGCAAUUGAUACUGAUUGGGCCUGGUACUAUUUGCAUGUGUUCCCAAAAUUCAAACUGCAUUUGAUUGCUGAAGAUGAUAUCGGAAAAUGUAAACUGGUGGUGCUUGGCACUAUUGCUCAGGAACUCAUUGGUUUUCAGGCGCCUGACCUUUGGGACGGUUCUUAUGAUGAUAUCGAAGAUCCUGAAAUUUUGCCUCAACCAAUAAUCGAUUUGGUUGUCAAAUCUUUCUGUUUUGGAAUUGAAUCUUCUGAAAACGGAUCCGAGAGCUAUACGGUUUCUAAGGUCUGGUCUGGAGAUAUUAUUCAGAAAAUUGAAACUGGAUCUGAGCCAGUGUCCCUUAUAGAAGGUGGUUCAUCCAGUAUGUCUUCUGGUGGGGUUCUGUUGUUGGAUGGUGACAGUCAUACAUCCUCAGUAGAUUGUGCAACUCCAUACUCAAAAAGAAAGGAAAGUGACAAUGAUCUUCCAGACAUAACAUCUACGUCGAAGAAGAUCUGCACUGCCACAAUCAAGACUGAAAACCCUAAGACUGAUUAG